AUGCUCAUGAAUAAAGCCCUCCUGGUCUCCAUGACCAUCGCUUCCACCACCCUCGCCAGUUCUAUCAAGUGGUGCAACGAAGCCAACCUCAAAGGCAACUGCGCAACCAUCAAUCCUGCAUCCACCUUCUGCAGCUUGAUUUCCGACUCCAAUGCCAAGGGCGACAUCGACAGCUCCGUCGAGCUCAAGAACUCUGGCGACAUCUCCUUCUGCGUCUACUGCGAGAGCGACAACUGCACCGGUCAAUGCAUUGACUUCACUGGCAAGAAGGACUUGAGACAGAGCUGGAUCGCACGAAGCUACUACUGCAUAGGCAAAUAG